CAUUAAAACUAGGGUUCAUCUCACCUUAUACUAAAAUAAAGUGCCACUAUUAUUUUUUUUCCCAAUCAAACGAAUCCAAUUUUUUUCUUUCUUCUUCUUCUUUUCUUCCCACCUCAAAUUCUCCCCUUUUACGCUUUUCAAUCCAAGAAAUCUUUGCUUUCUUCUAUCUGUAACUCAAUGGCAAAGAAAUCCAAAGAGAAGCAGAAACAACAACCACCAAACAAUGAAAGUUCAAAUUCUUCAGAUAUUUUCAAUACCCUUUUCGGAGCAACCCCAACAGAUUCCAACAUUGCUUCACUCUUUUCCGACGAAAAUCCCUUCAGAAGAAAGCCUAAUGACAAUCCCACAGCUACCCAAGAGCCAAAAUUAGGUGUUUUAGAAGUUUCUAUUGAGAAUCAAACUGAUGGGGUUUCUGGAAAUAAUGAUUCUGGUACUGCAGAACUCAAGAAGAGGAAGAAGAAAAAGGAUAAAAAUGUAAAUUUGAAUUCAGGGUCUGUAGCUGAAGAAGUUAAUGAGGAAGAGGGUGGAAAAUCAAAAAGGGUUGCUUUAUCUGGGAUUGAGGAAUCAAAUGGUGUAGUUUCUGGUUCUGGGAAGAAGAUAAAGGGUAAAAAAGUAAUUUUGGGUUUGGAAUCUGUAGGUGAAGAAGUUAAGGAAUCAAAUGAUGGAAUUUCUGAUUCUGGGAACAUAGAAAAUUUGGGUUUAGAGUCAAAGAAAAAGAAGAAGAAGAGGAAAAGGGAUGAGAUUGAGGCGGAGUAUGAGGCGAAGCGAUAUGGGGUGGUCGCGAUGGACGAGGUGGAGAAAGGGAUUGGAGAAAUGGUGGUAGGAGAAAAGAGGAAGAAAAUGGAUAAUCCAGAGGAUAUGAUGGUCUCAAAUGAGGGAUUUGAUGAUGAGAGUAAACUUUUAAGGACAAUUUUUGUUGGGAAUUUGCCUUUGAAGAUCAAGAAGAAGGCUUUACUGAAGGAGUUUGGGAGUUUUGGAGAGAUAGAAUCAGUGAGGAUCCGGUCUAUUCCGGUAGCUGAUAGUGCAACUCCAAGGAAGGCUGCUAUCAUUAAGCAAAAACUCAAUGAUAACGCGGACAGUGUUAAUGCUUAUGUUGUUUUUAAAUCAGAGGAAUCUGCCCAGGCAUCUUUGGCCCAUAAUAUGGCAGUGGUUGGAGAAAGACAUAUCCGAGUUGACAGAGCAUGUCCACCACGCAAGAAGAUGAAGGGAGACAAUAGUGCACUGUAUGACAACAAAAGGACUGUUUUUGUGGGUAACCUUCCAUUUGAUGUGAAGGAUGAAGAAAUUUAUCAGCUGUUCUCUGGUAUGAAAGAGUUUGGAUCGACCAUUGAGGCUGUUCGGGUGAUCAGAGAUCCCAAUACUCUCCUAGGAAAAGGAAUUGCUUAUGUUUUGUUCAAAACAAGGGAGGCUGCGAACACUAUUUCUAGAAAGCGUAACUUGAAGCUACGGGAUCGCGAGCUGAGGGUGUCUCAUUCUAAAGCAAAUUCUACUCCAUCUAAGAGGAAAAGUUUGUCGAGCGAAGACAGAUUCAGGUCUCCGGCAAAGAAAUUUGCAGUAGAUUCAGCCACACCAGGCACUAGUAGCUACAAGGCGAAAACAAAGUCUGACAUCUCCUACCAGGGUGUGAGGGCAAGCAAAUCUGGUGUUCAGAAGAAAACUCAAUCGAGGAUGAGCGACCGAGGGAAAUUGAAACCUAAAACACAAUUAUCAACAAAGCCUAAUGAGCGCAUAGGAAAGAGACCAUCUGUUGCUGCCCGAAAAGCAAAAGAACUCAAAGCUGCUGCCUCUGGCUUGAAACAAAUGGGGACAAAACGGAAGCUGGACAACCGAACACCUGACACUGCUGGCAGAAAGAAGAAACUUAGAAAAUCUUAGGUCUUACAUUCUCAACAAUGUUAUACAUGAAAUGGUCAUUCAUAUGUUCACUUUUCAGGAUUUUAGCUUUCUGUUUCAUCUAAGAACUCAAUCGUGUACAACUCCCUCAUUAAUGAAGGUUUAGUGGUUUACGUUA